GUUAUUUUCUUGUUUUUUUAUAAUUUAAUUCUUUUGUAAAUAUAAAAAUGGGAGUGAGAGGUAUCAUCAGUUUUCUGUUUCGACGAAGUCUUGAAAUUGCGGUUGUAGUGGCGUUAAUAGGAUUAUUUCCCAGACUUCCUCCAUUUGUUAAUAUUAAGGAACCUUUUAGGGUUGCCCCUUUACUUCCUUUUGAAGGAAAAUUAGCACUGAAGGAAUCUUUUGGUGAUGUUGAAAUCUUGCACAAAGGUGAAUUUGUUGGUCCUGAGUCAUUCGCAGAGCUAGGUGGUGAAUUAUAUACUACAAUUCACGGGGGUGAUAUUGUAAAAUUAAGUGGAAAUCAUAUCACCCCUAUAACAAAAUUUGGCAAGCCUUGCAAAGGACUUUAUGAGGAAGCCAUAUGUGGUAGGCCUUUAGGGAUUGAUGUUGAUAAAAAUGGUUAUUUGUAUGCAGCUGACGCUUACUAUGGUUUAUUUAAGGUUGACAUAAAAACGGGUGGUAAAGAACAGAUAGUAAGCCCAUUACAAGAAAUAAAUGGCAAAACUCCAAAGUUGUUUAAUAGUGUUGCUGUAGCUAGCAAUGGUGAUAUUUAUUGGAGUGACUCCUCAUCAGAUUUUAAGUUGGAGAAUGGCAUUUAUGUUUUGUUGGCAGAUCCCAGCGGAAGAUUAAUUCGUUAUGAUGCGAAAACCAAACAGAAUACUGUUUUGAUUGACAAUAUUCAUUUUGCAAAUGGGGUUUCACUGUCUGAUGAUGAAGAAUUUAUCCUGAUCGCCGAAACGGCCCGCAGCCGUAUUCAUCGUUAUUAUUUGAAGGGUCCAAAAAAAGGUACUCACGACAUAUUUAUUGAUGGUUUGCCUGGUGUACCAGAUAAUAUUACACCAGACGGCAAAGGUGGAUUUUUGGUUCCUCUGAUUUUUGGAAUUGACAGUCAAUAUCCAGCACUAUACCAAACGGCGGGACCCUUACCGUGGAUAAGAAAAUUGGUAGCAAGAUUUAUGGCAAUAACAGAAUAUUUAAUCGAUACAUUAAAUCAGGCUUACCCAACAGAGUUUGGCUUUAAAUGCGUUCACUUUAUUGGACAUUUUGCGUCGAUACCGCUAGCGUUGCAGAAUCCUAGGAUGACCAUAUUAAGGCUUAAUAAAAACGGUGAAAUUAUUGACAGCAUUCACAGUUUAAAUCGAAAAAUUCAAGCUAUAUCUGAAGCUUACAUUUUUCAUGACAUGCUUUAUCUGGGUUCUCCGUUUAAUGAUUAUAUAGGACGUAUACCCUUAUCGAAAGUGGGAUGGGAUAAUUUGAAGGUUGAAAAAAUAAAGAAGGCACCUCCAACCGCAACAGUCAGCGAGACGAAUACCCCUGAACCAGUGAAAAGAUCUGAGACAAUAAAAACAACUCAAAAACCAACAAUUUCCAAAUCAACUCAAGCGCCAACAACUACUGCCAAACCACCUGCAAGUACAACUCAAAAAUCAACAACUUCCAAACCAACUGAACCAUCAUCAACUGCAAAACCGCCUACAACUAAAACCAGCGCCCCAACAACUGCCAAACUACCUACAACUACAACUAGCGCCCCAACAACUGCCAAACUACCUACAACUACAACUAAAGCACCAACUGCAAAACCACCUACCCCUUCUGCUGGGACCUCCCAAAUUAACACUACUGCAAAGCCGGUAGGAACUACUGAUACCAAAACAACUAUCAGUCCUAAGUCCAGCCAAACGUCUACCAAAAAUACGGAAUCUAGUCGCACAACAGACAAAUCGGACCCGCCUAACCGAGAAACAAGUCAGAAAUCUCCAAGUCAAAGUUCUUCACAGCAACAACAAAGAGUAAAACAAUUUGAUUGAGAAAAUUUCAACAUGUCCGAAAGAUCUUUGCUUUGGUUUUUUAUAUAUUCCAAUAUUCAUUCAAGUUAAAUGAAAAAUCAGAAAUCCAAUUGCUUAGGCUAUGAAAUCUAUAAUGCUCUCCCAUUAUGAUUUUUUGUAACUUUUUUUGUAACUAGAUUCUCAGAAAUAAAAGACAGAAAUUAUUGUCUGGAUGUCAUC